ACUUUCUCUCUCUAUAGAUUUCUUUGACUUCCACAUUUUCUCUCUCUCUACAUAUCCAAAUCCAAAAACCAAAUGCUUUAAAUAAAGGCCAAAUGCCCAUUCUUUCCUCUCUAGUCGCCAACUCCAUUUGCAUGCUCUCUCUACCCUUCUCUUUUCUCUCCAUACAUAUACAUAUAUUCUCCUAUUAUCUCCUUGUCUCUGAUCAUCAAAGGAAAGAAUCAGAUUUCAUAUAUAGAGAUCUUUCAUGGCUGUUGAUCAAGCAAGACAUCUCAAUCUUUUCCCUCAACAACAAAUCAUCUCAAAUAGAGAUAUGGUAAAUUCAAAUCUGGGGACUGGAUUUGUAUACAAUACCCAGAUGGGUGCAAUGCCGGAGAACUUUUUGCCGAUUCAUCAAACUAUGGUUCAGCCGAAGACAUCGGUGAACAAUGACAGUGGCCUUACCUUUAAUCCACCCAUAAAUGAUCAGGUCGCAUCAAGGAAACGUUCAAGAGACUCAUUCAAUAAUCAUUUCGCUACUUCUUUUUCAACCCCUCAGAAACCGUCGUUUGUCGGUGAUGAUGUUUUGCCGCUGGUUCAACAGUAUCAGUUGGAUAUCAACUCCGUCAUUUCUCACCAUACCAAGAAAAUAAGAUUGGAAUUAGAAGAGCAACAGAAACAGCAAGCAAGAAUGCUAGUGGCAGCAAUUGGCGAAAAAGUAAUGAAGAAAAUGAACGAAAAAGACGAACAAAUACAAAGAAUUGGGAAAAUAAAUUUAGUUCUACAAGAAAGAGUAAAGAGUCUUUACAUGGAAAAUCAAUUAUGGAGGGACUUGGCACAAACAAAUGAAGCCACAGCAAAUUCACUACGUAACAACUUAGAACAAGUCCUGGUGCACGUUAGCGAUGCUAACGAGCGCCUCUCCGCAGAAACAAGGGUCGCUGCCGCCGCAGAAGAAGAAGACGCUGAGUCGUGCUGCGGCAGCAGCGACCACGACCACGACGACGGAGAGGAAAACGAGGAAGUGCGCAUGUUAGCAUGGGGAGAUGCGCAGGAUAAGGAGGAUGGUAAAAGUAAAAGUAACAGGAUGUGUAGGAGGUGUGGACAGAGGGAAUCAUGUGUGUUGUUGUUACCGUGCAGGCAUUUGUGUUUAUGCACAGUUUGUGGGUCUAGUUUACAUCAUGCUUGUCCCGUGUGUAAUUCUAAAAUGAAUGCCACAGUGCAUGUUAACAUGUCUUCUUGAUCCAUUGGAGAAACUAUAAAGAUGGAGAAAAUAGAGUUACUGUAGUUUUUGUUUUGAUUUAGAAGUCGCAGACUUACUGUAAAUUCCCUUUUGGUAACUAGUAAAUGAAUUGUUCAUUCUUUCUC